UCUCUCUACACACACACUUUCUCCAUCUCACACUCACACUCUCUACGUCCACACUUGCUGUCUGCUAAAUAACAGUGUCAGGAAUAUCAUCUAUCAUGGUGGGCUACUGUCCCAUCUGUGGGAAACCCGUCUACUUUGGUGAGAAGAAGAGGUCGUUGGGGCGUGACUACCACCCUCUGUGUCUGAAGUGUCAACAGUGUCAGAGACAGUUGACCCCAGGACAACAUGCAGAGCAUGAUGAGAAGCCCUACUGCACUAACUGUUACAUGAAGACGUUCAGUCCCAGAGCAGGUAACAGGAGAAUGAUGGCAUACUGUCACAGCUCAGCCUCAUCUUCCUCUUCCUCCUCCUAGGAACCAGUCUGACCAACAAAACAACCAAAAUACAACCUAAUGAAAACUAACAGCCUAUCAACAAGGAUCUAUGUUCAACCAACCUGACAUUCAGCCAACAAGCCAAUGACUAAACAACUAGGCCCAACAUUCAACCAACCAACCAAUGUUCGACCAACCAAGAAAUAACCAAUAGACAACCAACCUGACAUUUAAUUAACUACUAUCCAACCAACCUGACAUUUAAUUAACUACUAUCCAACCAACAGACAUCAGUCUCACUCUGAAAGUCCCCCUCUUUCAGUUAAUCAUAAAACAACUACCUGGACCACAACUUUGUGCUCAAUGGAGACAACAGUUGUUCUUCAAUAAAACAAAAGCUCCUACAGCCGUCUUGUUGCAGUGUGUGAGUUAAACACAGGGGCCCUUUAGACCUCAACACAUCCUUAUACUACACAUGUACUGGAGUGGACACUCCCUAGCAAGAUCAUGUUUUGAAUACCACCGGAGUUCUGAACACACACACACACAAACUUACAGAAUUGGAGUGUAGCUAUGCACCUCUCCCUUUCUCUGUCAUCAACCAAAGCCAGAGAAGGAGUGUGUGUAUGCGUAUGUGUGUGUGUGUGUGUG